AUGACAACUACUAAAGAAGAGGAAGAUAUAUUUGAAAUAGUUGAUUAUACAACUGCGUCUGAUUGGGAACGAUUUAUUGCAAGAAUAGAAGAAAUUCUUUCGGAUUGGAAAUUAAAUGGCCCUGAAACAUCAAAUACUGAAGUCGAUUUCACUGAUGGUGAAUGGAUCGAGCGGAAUGAAGCACUCGAAUUCGGUGAUCGUUCUUAUACAAUCAGUCAUUUCUCGUUACAAGUACCUGAAAGUAAUUCAACAGUAACAACAGACAAUAAUCCACAAAUGACCACAUCUGUAUCCAUAGAAAAACAAGCAUUCGUUCCACCGCGAGCUAUGGCCGAUAUGAUGUCCAGACGAAAUGAUUUUCCAUCGCGUUCUCCAUAUUUAUCUCAUUGGUAUGGUCUAAGAGAAUUUCUUAUUCUAUCACCAAAACGUAAUACCGAUCCUAUAGCUGAUGAAAGUCGAGCUAAUAUAUUACUUAGUUCAACGGCUAUAGCUGUUUCAAAUGUUGGAUGUAAUGUUCCUAUAUUUAUUCGUGUUCAACAUGAAUGGCGUAAUAUGUUUAUUGGUCUAUGCGAAGGAUCUGGUCUUCGUACACAUUUUAAUGUCUGCAAUUUAAAAAAUGCUCCACAUCAAUAUCGACAUCUAGCUGGUCUAUUGGAAAUAUUUAAAUCAAAAUUAGGUUCUCAUAUUCCAAAUGAUAUAGUCAUAAUGGUUGCUGUUCGAUUUACGUAUGUGUUAAGAGAUUUCGAAUCUACAGUAAGUCGACAAGUUCUACCAAGAGAUGAAACAGGCAUGCCGAUCCUAACGAAUCUUCCGUUUGGAUCUAUUCAUGAUCCAGUUAGUGGUCUUCAUCUGUCAUGUACGUGGCCAAUAUUUUCUGAAGAAGUCGUCACUGAAAACGAUGAUUGCAAUGAUUUUGAUCCAUUACUUUCUCAACAAUGGGCUAUUGGUGUUACUCUAUUAGAAGAAUUGCCUGUAUUGCUAAGUGAUGCUGUUCAAGAAUAUCUAAAUUUAUCGACAAAACGAGAAACGAUCGAACAAUUGUUAGGAAAAUUUCAAACUGCUGAUGGACAUAGGAAAAAAUCGAAACCGUUGCAAAUACCGAAUGCUUCAAUGAAUAUGUCUGAUCCUAUCAAACGAAUAUCCGAUAGUCGUACACAACAAUAUUGGACAUCUAUUUCUUCUUCGAUUUCCAAUACAACGAGUCGAUUGCGAGUUAAUAUUUUCAAUCCUCCAUUACCACCCAACGUUGUUGAAAAAACGAUAGAAUAUCUUUUCAAUGAAUCUGCAACAGUCGAAAGGCGACGAUCGAUUGUAAAUGAAUUACCUAAUGAUACGGAACGAAUUCGUCAAUUAAAAUCAGUGCCUAAAGAUAGUUUUGUCUAUCGUGUUGUUGUAUGUUUUACUGCGAUAUGUAGUUUACCGUCUAUCAAUCGUUUACGGUCGAUUGCUCAUUUGUGGUUUGAUAUCGUGCAAGAACUUCGUACAUGUUGGGAAACCGGGAAAAUGAUACCUGGGUUAGAAUCUGGUUCACCUAAUUUAUCGUUUUCAAAAUUCUAUCAAAAUUUACAAAUGCUCAAUUGUUGCAUCGAACAUCGUGUACGUCAUGAGAACGAUUCAACAACAACAACUGUUGAUAAUCCAAUCGAACCAGAUGAGGAUGGUGAUCAAUUUUUUGAAUGUUCAUCAAAUAUUUCAUCAUCAAAAUCAAAUUUAACAGAAUUACAACCUGAAGGUCGCCUUAAACCAUGUGGUGAUUUAAAAUUACUUAAUUCAAAUGAAAUUCUCUAUGUGCCUGUGACUCAGGAAUGCCCACCAGCAACAGAAGAUAUGCUUGAUGAACAAACAGCUAUAUUAACUAGUUUAGGUUCAGGUGAAGACGCUACCUUAUUACGUGCAAAAAUGCAAAGUCGAUCACUUUUGUCCGAUAUGGAAAGUUUUAAAGCAGCAAAUCCACUAGGUACAAUUGAGGACUUUGUACGAUGGUAUUCACCACGAGAUUGGAUUGAGACCGAAGAAGUUGAUGCCGAUGGAAAUACUCAAAAACAUUAUUCACUUAGUCCUCGUAUGCAACUGCCAGAUAAUCUAUGGGUCGAAGUAUGGCAACAAGCACGUCCCAUACCCGUUCGUCGACAAAAACGAUUAUUUGAUGAUGGAAAAGAAGCAGAAAAAAUUCUUCAAAAGUUAUCAUCUCUAUCGCCGGGUGAAAUUCUAGAACAAUUGAUUCCAGUACUGCUACAUACCGUUUAUGAUCGUAUAGCUAAAGAGAUUGAAGAAAUGGAAGAAUCGAAUGCAAUAGCGUUUUUAGAAACUCUCAAUGCCAAAGAAGUGCUGAUUGUCAAAGGAAGAGAAGAACGGAAAAAGAAAUUGCAACAAGAUUUCAUUAUAUGUCUUACUUCUGUUGAACAAUAUAUAUGUCGAUUUAAAUCGUUUAAAGAAAAACUUUUCUCUCCAGAUCUUAAUCACAAAGAAAAAGAAGAAAUGAUUAAAGUGGUAACAGAAUUGCAUACGCGUCCUGAAAUUCCUGUCAAAGCUGCAGCACAUGGUCGACUUGGAAAACGACUAGCAUCAUUAUUUACGAAGACUAAACCAACAACAAAUCAGGCUAACAAUGAUUCUACAGAAGUUAAAAAUCAAUUUAUGACUCCGGCCGGUAAAGAAUAUAUACUUCGUGCUUCCAUCGCUCGACCUUCGAACUUACGAUCAAGGCAAUCACCACAACGAAUGUAUUGUAUGUUGGCGCAAGAUGAAUUUCGACUAUGUGGAGCGUUUUCCGAAGAUACGACUUUUUUUUAA